UUGUCGCCAGUAUAUACGCAUGGUUUAGUGUUUUCGACUCCUUGACUCCGAAACGUAAAUAUUUGCGAUAAAAACGGUCUUUCAAUCAAAGUAGUAGAUAGAAUUUUCAACAAUAAUUAGAAAUGAGGAAGGCACCAUUCAGCACACCUCGGGGAAACAGUUCCGGUGGAAACAGGCCAGGAUCUGGCUGGAAAUCACUGGAGCGUCGUAACAGUAGAGGUUAUGGUGAAAGAAACAUCUUUCAGGUUUAUCCUACGAAUUCGAGUCAAGAAGCCAGCGGCGACGAUUUUAUACCAUUUAAUAGUACUCCACCGAGUCAUCAUCAUCGAAGUAGUACUCCAACCGCGUAUUAUGAUAGAAAAAGCACCCCAACAAGUCAUGAGAGAAAUAAGCAGAACAAUUUUUAUGGAGGUCGGGGCGGACGCAAUAGGAGCUUCGGCGGGUCUCCCGGAUUUUACAAUGACAACAGAAGUCCCAGGGGAAACUCCAACUCAUUUUCCCCUUAUAAUAACCGGAGGAGUCAUCAAAGAGACCAUAAAAGUGAAUUGACAGCGAUGAGAAGUAAGGCUAUAUCCGAAAUAAUCGAUUUGUCGUUAAUUCUCGAAGACCCUUGGAAAAAAUUAAUGAGUAAUUUGAGUAAGUAUACUCAAGAAGAAGAUAAGAAUGAAAGCAAUGUGUCGAUUAAUUCGGAAACGAUGGAGACUUCCCAGCAAGACAGUGUAAUUGAAGAUAAUCAAGAAAAUGACAGCUUCAGUGGGGAAAAAUCGCGGGACUCUGAUGAUUAAUUAUCGAGUAGAUAAUUAGAAAAUCGGCAACAAUGAUCUUAUAACCGAAUUCAUGUUUCACAUGGCUGUGAAAGAACUAUGUACAUAAUGUGCAAUUUUUUAAUAAUAUUUUUAUAGAGCGACGUAGAUGUUUAAUGUAAAUAAUGGAUUAUAUCAUUCAUGCACAAUGAAAGAAUGUCUCUUAUACUUUCGAAAGUAUUAAAUGUCACUAUUGUAA